AUGAGAAUUUUAAUAAUUAAUUGCUAUGAUAACAAAGACCUAGAAAAAUUUUAACAUUUCCAAUUUCAUGUCAUGAAAGUAACAUCUAAUACUAAUAUAGUAUUUAGCUGAAUAAAAAGAGUUAAUAGAUACAGAAAAUGAAUUUUAUGUUCGUAAUAGAGAUACUAUAGAAGACUUUCUAUAUGAAGUAGAAAGUUCUUAUGUAAAAAAGGAAGCAGCUCUAAAAUUCGAUCAACUUGAUGUCAUAUUCAUUAUUGGAGAUUGUCAUACACGACCUUGGGCUGUUCAUAUGGGUAUGAAUCUAAGGAUUAUAAUUAGCAAAAAUAUUGGUUUUGUUGAGAAUGUGUUUAAGAGUAUAGAAAUUACUAUUUGCUUCAGGGUUUGCCAUGUAAGCAUUAGUAUAUUUAUCAGCAUCUAAUAUUGAGAGAGUAAUAACUAUAUGUAAUAUAUAUUUAGCCUAUCAAUCUAAUCAAUUAGAAUGGUGGUAAAUUAUCAGAUCUAAGAGAGUUGAAAGUUCAAAUUUAGUAAAGUGAUAUGUUUUUGGAAAAUACAUCAGGAGAUUUAUAUGUUUUUAAUUAUGAAACUUCUGAAUGGAUUCCAAAAUUGAAUGUAGGAAUUCAUUUAAGAAGUGCAGCAUAAGAAUUCUAAUCAAUAGGAAAGUAUGUUGUUAAAGCUCCUAUUUACAAAUCUAAAUAAGUUGGGUCAUUUCUAAGUAAAAAUAAAAACACUGAAACUGUUGUUUCAAUAAGAAAUGUUUAUUUAUAACAUUGGGUAAUAUUAAUUAAAUUAAAACAACAAAGGCAUUUAAAGAUAUUGAAUCACGAUUUUUAGCACCGUUAUUGAAUAGAUGGGAUGUUCACAAUUUCUAAUUCAAUAAUUCUGAAAAGAAAUUUAUAUGUCUUGCAGAAAGUGAUGAAGGACCAUCAAUUAUUGAGUAUCCAAAAGCUUUAGCAUGUAUGUUUGAAAUUGAUACAAAGUAUCCCUUUACAAAUACUUUGCUUAAGAACUUUGUAUAAUAUGCUAUGUACAACAUUAAAAUUUCAAAGUAAGAAAAAACUUUAUAUUAUUUUAAGUUCCUCAAAACCUUUUGAUUCUAUUGAAAAUUAUCACAAAAUUAAUACAAAAUCAUCAUCUAUUUUAGAUCUUCUAAAAAACAAUAAUAAUUAGAAUCAAAAGAAAACUACUCUCGAAUUAAUGUAAAUAAGAGGUAAGAAUGGGAUAGCUUCACAUAGUCAACAAAAAUUAACAUAUGCUUAAGAAGAAUAAAAAUUACAAUAAAUGUAACACACUCUCAAAAGAAGAAGUAGUAUUGCUCAUGUAGGAUUUACUUUAAAUAAAAAUGUACCUAUUAAACCAGUAGAAAUUAAUGCUGUAGGGAAAAGAAGAAUAAAAUAUUAACAAGGACUAUAACAUUAAAGAAAGAUUAGUGCUGAUGAUGCAUAUUUAAAAUCAUAAAGAGAUAGUGAAAAUGAUGCUUUUAAUGAACCAUAAAUAAUAUAGAAAACUUAAACUCUUAAAACACCUAGUCAAUCAGAAAUAAGAAAAAUGUUACAUCCAGAAAUUUCUAAAUCGUGUUUGGAAAAUAAAGAAAUUUGGAUUCCAGGAUAUUUAUCAGAGUAUUAAAAAACUUAAGGUGAUAAACGAAUAAGUAAGAUUGGAGGAUCUUUUCAAUCAAAUUAAAAUACUUAAAGGAAGAGAUGGAUUUGA